AUGGCACUACGGAGGGCGUUGGUAUAUGGUGCGGUGGUCAACGUCGUGACCCUCGUCAUAUACUUCAUCUACCUCUGUAUCGCGAUAUGGCUUUCGGUGGCGCUCGAUCUUGCAGCAACCGUAUUAUUCCCUGAAACGAAACUUACCAAUACGACCCUGGAGACUGGCGUUGCCAUACUCACCGAAAUAAGUCUGACGCCGUUGUUCUUGUCAACUGCAAGUGUGCUCAACAUGACCUCUGGACCAAAGGGACGCCGCAUGCAGUGGGUUCUGCUUCUUCUGUACAUUCCUCUUAUAAUAUCGCUCAUCUUGAUCGUUGCUGGCGGUAUCGACCCGGAUUCCCGAGACACUGCUACGUUUGCCGCGACUCCAUCGACCAAAGCGGGCAUUGUUCUUUACUGCGCUUGUUUCGUCGUACUAAUAUGGGCGACUACUAUAAUAGCCGCGCGUUUGUACCUUGCAAACCCUCUUGAAGUCAAGAUCUUGACCACCGUUGUCCUCAGCUUGCCUUUCUUUCUAGUCGACGUGGUAUACAUGAUGUGCUUCGCUUUCGAAGGUAGUGUCACGCCUCAGCGCUUCAAUGUCAUCAGCGGAGACGUCACGAUACAACUUUGCAUGCAAGUUAUCAUGGAAUACAUCAUCGUUGGUCUGUAUCUUGGACUGGGUUUGAAGAUACCGGACAAGGCUGCCAAGCUGAAAGAAAUAGUUUUGGGAGAUCACGACUACGAACAAUUGAGAGAGACGUUCCUCUGGAAAAUGUACGAAGCAGGCUCCGCUACAGUCGCCGUAAUCGUAAUGCCCGGGUUGCGUCUCAGCACCAUGGCCAUAGUUGCUUUCACAGCCAUGAGGUACUGGAAAACCAUUGUUACCAUCACUGCGUCCCCCAGAAUGCCAUCAGGUCGAAUAGAUCUAUCUAUUGCGAGGAACGAGGAGACCACGUGGAAUGUGUCAGAGUGGCUCGAUGUAGCGGAGCAUAGAACCGCGCGGAAUGCUCUUCCGUACACAAAACCAAGCCUCGCAAGUUUGCCAAAGGCCGCAACAAGGACCUUCACUGCGCUUCCUCUGUUCUUCGCUACGCAACACAAAUGUGGCGGUAACAAGCGCGUGUAG